CUGCUUUCUAUUUAUUUAACUUAUUUCAGGAUUUUGUGGGUCAUCAUUGUGUUGUGCUGCUUUGGUGGCUUCAUCUGGCAGUUCGUCACACUCUUCACCAAUUACCUCGCUUACAGAGUCAAUACCGAGACGGAGCUACAAUUCUCGGAUCGUGAAUUUGCCACGGUCACGUUGUGUCAUCUGAAUGCAUGGAAAAAGGACGAGAGUGGUGCAGCCAUCCCCAAGAUGAGAGAUCUGAUAGAUGCGUAUCAAUCGGGCACCGCCUACGCCGACUACGGUUUCAGCAAUCGUUUUGAUGGUAAGCGUCAGCAGAGUGCCACAAAAUUUACAGCUUUGAUGAGCGAGAUUCUCUACUCGUCCAGUAAACUACCGGGUGCGAACCAUGCGUAUACAUAUGAGGACCUUGUGAUCACCUGCACGUACAAUGCCAAGUCCUGCAACACAACAGACUUUCGCGAAUUCUACGAUCCAUCGUAUGGAAUUUGUCAUAUGUUCAAUUUCGAUGGCAGCAGGACGUCUUCGAGAGCAGGGCCUCUGUAUGGUCUCCGAAUGGUGAUCCGUACAGACCAAGCAAAGUACCUACCAUGGACCGAAACUGCCGGUGUUAUUAUGUCCAUCCACGGAAAGGACGAUGUACCGUUCCCGGACGUAUUUGGGUAUUUCGCGGCACCAGGAACAGCCACCUCAUUAGGCGUUCGAUUCAUCAGCACCAGUAGACUUCCAGCACCUUACGGCACCUGCACUAAACAGGAAACACUCAAUGGCAAGCAUUACAAUGGGAAGUACGAGGUAGAGUCGUGCUUUCGCGACUGUCUUCAGGACCGAAUCGUAACCGACUGCGGGUGUUACGAUCCAGCCUAUCAUCAUGCGGACGACGGAGGAGCCACGCCGAGCUGCGCUGAUGGCGAUCAGCUACAAAACUUGGCAUGUAUCGACCGCAUCGCAAACUCAGAUUCCGGCGGCUUCAACAUCAUCAGAGACUGUGUCUGCCCCCAACCGUGCGAGGUGGAUUCGUAUUCUGUAACGGUGUCCACAGCGAAAUGGCCUUCGACUGCAUAUAAGCCUGAAGAAUGCCAGCGAAACUCGUCCGGUAAACCGUGGGAUACGGAGGACACGAAUUGCUUGGAGUGGUAUCAAAAGAAUACUCUUCUGGUCGAGAUCUACUAUGAGCGAAUGAAUUUCCAAGUGCUCACCGAAUCACCGGCUUACUCGUUAGUGAAUUUGGUUUCGGAUGUGGGCGGUCAGGUCGGCCUGUUCCUUGGCAUGAGCAUCAUCUCUGUGAUCGAACUUCUGACCCUGUUGCUGCUACUUAUCUGCUACUGUGCCACUCACAAAAGUCGAAAACGCGAAAUUGAGGAAAUCGAGAAGGAGACACACAAUGCUAGGGGUCAAGCAGAUCGAAUCGCGGCUAAGAAUCGACGGGCUAUGAUGCAAAAAAGCAAAGGAGUGUACGGCGCCGAUGACCAUACGUUGCCUCCUCCAGUUAUAUCGCCGAACUGA